CGCAUAGAAAAAACGUCACUGCAGCGAAACUGAGCCGGGGAAGUUUUUUUUGUUUGUUUUUUUUUUUUUUAAUUUUUUUUAAGCAGCGCUGGUCCUGGAAUAUAGCUGCAUUCCAAAUCCUGAAAGCAUAGUCAAUACCCCGCGCCUCGAGGUAACCAUUUGGUGUUUCAAGUGUUGCAUGUGGUCCACAAGACAAUUUUUACAAUGGAAUAUAUUUGUGUAGACUUUUGGACAAGCACUGCAAUAUAAAUACUACAGAAUUUCCUUCAGGGAGUCAUGACUACUUCUCAUGUGAACGGACAUGUAGCGGAAGACUCUGACAGUGAGAAACGAACUGCAGAUCUUUUAGCAGAAGAGCCACAGAAACACAGAGAGAUGGCAGUGGACUGUCCUGAUUUGGGUACGAGAGCAAUGCCGAUACGCCGGAGUGCUCAGCUUGAACGGAUCAAGCAACAGCAGGAAGAUAUGCGUCGUAGACGUGAGGAAGAAAAGAAGCAAGAGCUAGAUGUUAAUUCCUCCGUAAGGCUAAAGAAAUUGGCACAAGUUUUCCCAAAAAGUGGAAUUGAUAAUCCAAUUUUUGAUACAGAGGAAGGACUGAUCCUGGAAAGUCCUGGUCAUGCUGUGAAAGUAUUAGAAAUAGAACAUUUGCUUUCUUCGCUGAAAGAAAUUCAACACACCUUGGUAGACUCUCAGAGUCAGGAAGAUCUUCAUUUAUUACUACAGCUGGUACAAAAUGCUGACUUUAGGAAUGCCUUCAAGAUUCAUAAUGCUGUGGCAGUGCACAUGAACAAAGCCAGUCCUCCAUAUCCGCUUACUCCUAAUUUGCAGGAACUAGCCCAAGAGGUGCAGUAUUUAUUUAAAGCAACUCGCCUGAAGGAAGGUCAAGAACUUAAUUCUUUGCUAAAUGGACCACAUUUUCAGGCCCUUCUUUUGACUCAUGACAAAGUUGCAGAGCAAGAAAUGAUGCCAGAGCCAGAUUCAGAAGACAGGUUUUAUGACACUAUUGGGAAAUAUGUAGAUGAAAGUGUUAAGAUUGUUAGAAUUGAGAAAGCAAGAGAUAUACCAUUGGGAGCUACAGUGAGAAAUGAGCUGGACUCUGUUAUUAUCAGCCGAAUCGUGAAAGGUGGUGCAGCUGAAAAGAGUGGAUUGUUGCAUGAAGGUGACGAAAUCCUUGAAAUAAAUGGUAUAGAGAUUCGUGGGAAGGAUGUCAACGAGGUUUUUGAGCUUUUGGCUGAUAUGCAUGGCACCCUGUCGUUUGUACUAAUUCCUAGUCAACAAGCAAAGCCACCUCCUAGUAAAGACACUGUGGUACAUGUAAAAGCACAUUUUGACUAUGACCCAUCAGAUGACCCCUAUGUUCCCUGUAGAGAGUUGGGUCUUUCAUUUCAAAAGGGUGACAUACUCCAUGUCAUUAGCCAGGAUGAUCCUAACUGGUGGCAGGCAUACAGGGAUGGUGAUGAAGACAACCAGCCUCUAGCUGGGCUUAUACCAGGAAAGAUUUUUCAGCAGCAGAGGGAAGCUAUGAAGCAAACAAUAGAAGAAGACAAGGAGCCAGAGAAAUCAGGGAAAUUAUGGUGUGCAAAGAAAAAUAAGAAGAAACGAAAAAAGAUUUUGUACAAUGCUAAUAAAAAUGAUGAUUAUGAUAACGAAGAAGUAUUAACUUACGAAGAGAUGUCCCUAUAUCACCAACCAGCAAACCGAAAGAGACCAGUUGUUCUCAUAGGACCACAAAACUGUGGACAAAAUGAGUUGCGUCUCAGACUGAUGAACAGUGAAGCAGAUAGAUUUGCAGCUGCUGUGCCUCAUACCUCUCGGAAUAGAAGAGAUAAUGAGGUGACAGGACGAGAUUAUCACUUUGUAUCACGGCAGACAUUUGAAGCAGACAUUGCUGCUGGGAAAUUUAUUGAAUUUGGAGAGUUUGAGAAAAAUCUAUAUGGCACCAGUAUUGACUCUGUGAGGCAGGUUAUUAAUUCUGGCAAGAUUUGCCUUUUAAGUCUUCAUACACAGACUUUGAAAAUGCUACGCAAUUCUGAUUUGAAGCCAUAUAUUAUAUUUAUUGCACCACCUUCCCAAGAGAGACUGCGUGCUUUACUGGCCAAGGAAGGUAGAAAUCCAAAGCCAGAAGAACUCAGAGAAAUAAUUGAAAAAGCAAGAGAAAUGGAGCAAAACAAUGGUCACUAUUUCGAUACUGCAAUUGUGAAUACAGACUUAGACAAGGCUUAUCAUGAACUUCUUCGAUUAAUCAAUAAGCUGGACACUGAGCCUCAAUGGGUUCCGUCUUCGUGGCUGCGAUAAAGAUGGCUAAUUUCUUAUGAUCAUGGGGCUUUGCGAUCUAUAUACUUAUAUUUGAGCACUGGAACCCAGUUAAUGUCAAAAGUAUUAAUUUUGCAUUAAAUGUAGUAGUAUAUGACCAGAUCAGAUAUACUAAGCUUUGUCUUGCGGAGCCUUUGGAGAUUCUGUGAUCUGAUGCCAUGAAAUAUUAUACAUGAAUGUUAGGCCGAGAACAGUUAUGCGUUGUGAUAUCCUCUCCUUAAAGAUUCCAGUAUAUGAUUAAAGUUGAAUGUGACAUUUGGUAGUAUGGUUCAAGAGACAUGUCAUUGUCAUAAUAACUCCCCAUUUUAUAUUCACUAAUCCAGUGUUGAUUGGCACAUUAAAUCAGUGUAUGUCUGAAAUUAAUGUGCUUCUUGUAGAUCCUUAUAGUCUGGUUUGUGUAAAGAAAAAAAAAAAAAAAACAUGCCAGCACAUGUAUCACAUGCGUGUUAUUGUGGAUCUGAAAUCGUUGCAUGUGUAUAAAUAUAGAGUUAACAAAGAUUGGGAAUUUCUUUGGCUGGAUGCAAAGAUACAGUAUAGAUUGUAAUCUAGCAAUAUAAUGUAGUAAUAUACCUGGCAGCAGGAACAUUAUCUUGCUGUAUUUGUAGUAUGUUUUUUUUAUUGCUUGGGACUUAAACAUUCCAGUUUAAGAAAGCAGUGAUGUCAACUAUUUUAAUCUUUUAAAAUCAGAAAAGAAUCUCCACCUUAGAAAUUGGAAUUGUGCAGUUGUAUAAAGUGUGAAAUUUAUCAGUUCAAACCUACUGAUGCGUCUGAAUUAAUAGUGUUUGUUUCUGCAACUAAACUCUUAAACAUUUAUCAAAGGAUAUUGAUGCAAAACAUAAAUGUUUAAAUAUAUCAUUUUAUAUAGUG